AUGGCUACAUCAUCAGGUAACGAAGCUGUUGUGGAUGAUCCAGCGCGACUUCGCGCAAACAUCGAUGAUUUUAUCCGCGACGAGAAAUUCUGGUUGGACGAUGGUACCAUCAUCCUAGUUGCCAGUGGAAUUGGCUUCAGGGUGUACAAAGGCAUCCUGGCCAGCCAUUCGUCCGUCUUCCGCGAUAUGUUCACCGCCGGGAAUGCAGAUAUUCUGGCCGAUGCCACCUGCCCCGUUGUGCAUCUCUCCGACUCUGCCGAGGACCUCCGCCCCUUUUUGCGAGCUAUCCUCCCUUUGGAAGCCAGCUUCCACCUCCACGAGCGCUCCUCUGUCCAGGUCUCACGGGAGGAAGCGAUCGGCGUUGCGCGUCUCGCGCACAAGUACCAAGCCGACGAGCUGCAAGCCCAGGCACUCACCUGCCUAAAGAGCUAUUACGCCCCAUCCCACUACUCCAGCUGGGCGAAGAAGGGCCUCCAGGAGGACAUCCAUUUCCUCCCGUCAUUCCGGCCUGACUACGCCAUCGGCGUCGUCGCCCUCGCGCGCUUGACCGACACCCUAGAGAUGCUCCCACUCGCGUUCUACGACUGCGCGCGGCUCGGGGACAACGUACGCGAGGGCUGGAAACGCAAAGACGGUACCGUCGAGACGCUCAGCGACGCCGAUCUGCAGCGGUGCUUCGAUGGUGCCGCUGCGAUGAGGCGUCGGGCGGCGGCGGCUGCCGCGAAGGUCUUCGCGCCGACGCCGCGGUGCGACGAGGGCUGCACUUCCCAGGGGCGGAUACACGAUAUGUACGACAGGGUCACCGAAUACGGACUGCUGGACGAGCCCCUCGAGCCGUGGGCGAGCACCAUCGAGAGUGCUGCGCAGGGCGUGUGCGAGACGUGCAUGGAACAGUUGCUGGACAGGGCAGACAUGCACCGGCGCGAGCUCUGGUGGGAGCUGCCGUCCUUUUUUGGCCUGGAGAAAUGA